AUGCAGCUGUGAGUUGUGAGAAGAGGAGCCUUGUGUCUCUUGCCUCUGGCUUGUAUGAAGCCACUGUCUGUCAUUGGACUCAAACUGGUCUCUGUAUAGAAAACCAUAAAUGCAUAUUGUAGAACAAGUCAAAAUUAACCUAUACAUAGUAGUUGCCAUGGCUACCCCAUAACACCUGCUACCCAUAGCAGAGAACUGUAGGCCUUUUCUAGUGUCAUUGACUCAACCAAAGGAGAGUACUUAUGAUGAGUUGCUAUUGAACAGAGAGCAAUGCAGGGAUGGGCAUUGUCCAUUUUUGGACUGUUCAAGUACUCACAUGGUGUUUUUUUUCGAGUACUCUGAAUGGAAGAAAAUAUUCAUGUUUAGAACACAAGGGCAAGGCCCACACUGGAAUGGAAAAAAAAGAUGUGCUAAUUGAUCUAUACUGAACAAAAAUAUAAACGUAACAUGCAACAAUUUCAAAGAUUUUACUGAGUUACAGUUCAUAUGAGGAAAUCAGUCAACUGAAAUCAAUUAAUUAGGCCCUUAUCUAUGGAUUUCACAUGACUGGGAAUACAGAUAUGUAUCUGCUGGUCACAGAUAUAUAUACAUUUUUUAAAAGGGCCUCAAAAUGGGCCUCAGGAUCUCGUCAUGGUAUUUUUGUGCUUUAAAUUGCCAUCGAUAAGAUGCAAUUGUGUCCGUAGUUUAUGCCUGCCCAUACCAUAACCCCACCGCCACCAUGGGGCACUCUGUUCACAACGUUGACAUCAGCAAACCGCUCACCCACACAACGCUAUACACAUGGUCUGCGGUUGUGAGGCCUGUUGGAUGUACUGCCAAAUUCUCUAAAAUGACGUUGGAGGCGGCUUAUGGUAGAGAAAUGAACAUUCAAUUCUCUGGCAACAGCUUGGGGGAACAUUCCUGCAAUUGCAUGCUCACUCAAAACCUGAGAACUCUGUGGCAUUGUGUUGUGUGACAAAACUGCACAUUGUAGUAGCCUUUUAUUGUCCCCAGCACAAGGUGCACCUGUGUAAUGAUCAUGCUGUUUAACCAGCUUCUUGGUAUGCCACACCUGUCAGGUGGAUGGAUUAUCUUGGCAAAGGAGAAAUGCUCACUAACAGGGAUGUAAACACAUUUGUGCACAACAUUUAAGAGAAAUGAGCUUUUUGUGCGUAUGGAAAAUUUCGGGGAUGUUGUAUUUCAGCUCAUGAAACAUGGGACCAACACUUUACAUGUUGCGUUUAUAUUUUUGUUCAGUGUAUAUGCCAACAGUGCACAACAAUGCCAAAUGUAUCAUUAACCAUUACAGAUAACAAAUCCUAAUUGCUAAAUUGCCUCCUAUAGAUUCAGUCAAUAAAAAAACAAUUGCCAUUUAAGAAUAAUUUAUUGAAACUGUAAUAUCAACUGGUUAUAUUAUAUCGUGGAACACAAUAUUCAAAAAGGCUGUAGCCUCAGCAGUGGCGCUUGCUUAUAGAAGCCUAUGGCUGUGCAAUGGCAAAGCCUUGUUAAUUUAACAGGCAAGACACUCUUAUUUCCCUUAUCACAGUCAAGACACCUAUUUGUAGCCAAAACAAAUGAUGUACUAUCAGGGGCGCAACUUUGGUUUUAGAAGUAGGGUGGGGGACACAACUUUUUAUGUAUUUAUUUUAUCCAGUCAUAUAAACACUCCAAGCAACCUACCCAACCGCUCGGGGGUGUCCGCAUGGUCCUAAAGCACACCCGCCUUGUUUUAUAACACAUGAUAACCAAUGAUAAAACUGCGGGGGGGACAAAAAUGCAAUGUCAGAAUGUGGGGUGGGGGGGCACAGUUGUACUAUAACAGAAUAAAAUAAAACAGAAUAUUUUUCUAAAUAAAAAAAGUUGCCAUGUGAAGUGAUGCGCGUCUGGAUCAGUUAUUCUCAAAGAGUGAUCAUUUGAAACGGGGCUUAGUUUGGCGCGUAAAGAAAUAAAAAAUAAAUGAUUACAAAACAAAAUCGGUCUUCUUUUCAAUACAGACCUACAGGCAUUCGAUUUAGUUUAUUCUGCCUGUUCUUUGGAAUUUGCUAAACGGAUGAACAAUUCCGACAUUGAACGCUGCAUGGUGAUGAAUUACGACAUCUGUUUGAUGAGUAGUUCAAGACUUAAUGAUUCUAAUGAAAAUAUGUUCUUUGUCUUUAUUAAACUAAUGUUAUAGCCUAGGCAAAAAAAAACGCAAUUAUGCCAAAACUGCUGGUCGUUGUUGGAACACAUAUUUCCCUACUUCAAUCAACCAGUCCAUUUUGAAUUUGUGAUAAAACUGUUGUCAUUUGGCAAGGAAUGUAUCUUGUGUAUCCCAUCAGUUAGAGGCAUUUUUUAUGCCCGCCGUCCCACUGUUUUUAUAAGCAUUUAUUUCUUUAGGCCUAAUCGGAGUUUGUGUGCAAACUCAGCACGCAUGUGUAGAGGGAGCGUUCAGAAUGCAAUUGAGUGAGUGAGACACUGAGGGGAAAGAGAAUUUAGGGAGAAGAACUGUGUGACGCUUGCCUUGGUUUUUUUGUUGUUGUGCCCCUCAAAUUCACAUGUAGGCCUAUGGAACACUAGAGUCAAAGCAAGUUAACCUUGUCUUCAAGACAACAUGACAUUUUCUUUUCUCGGGGACACACACACCACAAAGCACAUUCCACCAAAUAGUUUUACAGUAUUAUUAUUAUUAAUAUAUUUUUUUAAAUCUCUGGUUAAAGAUUGAGUUUUGACGUCCGUUCGAGUACUGGAGUACUCAUGCCCAUCCAUAGAGCAAUGAUACAAGACAAGAGUGAUAUCUGAAUGAGAGUGGCUGACUGGUUGGUUGACUAGUGGUUGACUAGUGGUUGACUAGUGGUUGACUAGUGGUUGACUAGUGGUUGCCUGGAGUAGCAUCUAACACAACCCGGCAUCCAGUAGCCCCCUCGUUUCAGGAUUCAGACGGACACGCACACACGCAGUGUGCAGCAGCUUGUGUGUGGCAUGGUGUUGACCACCAGGCCGUCACUGCCAUGGAUCAUACCGCUAUCUCCCGCUAAAGGAAGUCCAAAUGUUCAUCUGCACAGUGAAACCUGUAGCCGUGCACAGUUGAUAAAAUCAUAUUGUGUUGUAUUUCAUCCUUCCUUGAGGUCUGUUUAUCACAUUCAAACGGCAGUCACGUGAGUGUUUGACGGAUGGAUGUCCGUAGUGGUUUGUUGUAAUUCCCUUUUUACAAGAUAUUUAGUCCACACAUCUAACAAUGAACCACUACUGGACAUGUACCUCCAGAGUUGUCUUAAGGAAAUACUCUCUGACUGAAGUGUAUGUAUUCAGUGCUUGGGCUGCAUUUUAAUUUAUGUUCAAGCCUUCUCGACUGAAUCCAAUUGGGUGUAAUUCCAUUUGCCCUAACCUUGGUGUGUUGCAAUGUGUAAGAGUCUGUAAUUUGAAUAAUAUUCAUCAAUGUGAAAGAGUCUUUGUGAUUUGAAUAAUAUUCAUAUUAUUUCUCCUUUGUGUGCAGGGACAUGCUGAUCACGGACCUGGCUGCCACGGUAACCUACAUGGGACUGUGUGAGGAGGUGAGGGUGAUGUGCAGCCUGGCCCGGCAGCAGCCAAUCACACUCAAGUGGAUCGACGAUGAGGGUAGGUGGGGAAGAAAACUCAGUUGUAAUCAGGGUAGACAAGGUCAUAAGCUAGCUAGCUACGACCUGCUUAUCUCGACUAUGUGUGUGAAAUAAGUUAAUCAUCUGUUUGUGUGUGUCACCAUGCGUGUGUCCCAUAGGAGACCCAUGUACCAUCUCUUCUCAGAUGGAACUGGAGGAGGCCUUCCGGAUCUACAGCCGCAACAGGAACUCUGGACUCCUGCUGCACGGUCAGUCAGACCUCUGUCUGUCUGCACUCACCCCCCCCCCCCCUCUCUCUCUACCUCGUCUUCUCUUCUCUCUUUUCAGAUCCUCCUCUCCUCCUCUCCAAUCAUUCUACCAUUAUCUCAUUAUCUUUUUUAAUUGAAUGGAUUGGGAUACAUACCUGUUCAUAUGAGUAACCGUUAGUCCGUCUAUAUCCGGAGGUUUUGAUUGGGCAUGUCUCUGGAUAUUCAUAGUUGUCUUUCACUCUUUUCUUGCAGUCUUCCCCAGUAUACCAAUGAAGCCUGGUAUGCCAUGUCCAGGUGAAGACAGUGAGUACUAG